AAAAGACUAUUAACUCUAGAGAUAUGGCUGCAUCCAACAUAAAGAUGCCAUCCUUUGGCAUGACGACGACCGAGAAAGUUAAGAAUAAGGAUCAUGUAAAUUCGCUUCUUCAGCAUUGUCGCGCUUUGCUUCACAGCUACCGGAAUAAUCCAUCCGAAUUUGACCUCGACGAUGCUUUCACUGUGGUACAAGAUGCCUUGCUCAUCGCCAGCGACCCAGAUGCCUGUGAGUCCCCUCCUCUUGCGACCUGUUACCUUUACAAGGGCCAUGCUCUAUGGAUUAUGAAGAGAUAUCAAGAGGCUCAAGAUGCGUAUCGCCUCGCAUCAAAAACACUUGGCACUAGCCCUGCCGAUCGUAAAGCUUCAGAGAAAGCUGUCUCCUAUGUUGUGGAAAUAGACGAGAAAGUUCGAGAGGAUAAACGUAAAGGUGGCCUAUGGACAGAGACCUACGAUUUGGACUUUCUGCACGUUGAUAGCCGGAUCCAACCUCGUUAUAAAUGCCGCAGUGAGAAACUAAUCAAUACCGGUUUACACCAUGCCUGCCCCCCUAUUCAAGACUUGGGCGCAAAGAGGGUCACUCACAUUGAAAUACCCGAGUUUCUUCACACGCCCACUCCUGCAAGCCCUGCUAAGUGCAAUGUACAUCGGACUGAAGAACCAGGAUCUUCUACUCAUGGGGGCAAAACGCUCAGAAGCAUGCGGGGACGAUAUAUAGAUUCAAAUAGUCUUUGUGUACAAUGA